GGAAUUUGUGAACGGGAGUUGGAACGGACUGAUUGCUCCAUAGCACGCUCCCAGUGAGAGGGUCUGAAGUGGACUCUGACAGUGUCAUCACUGGUCAACGAAUUCUACUCAGUUUGAAGGGAGAGCAGUGGGACGCUUGACCAGAUGAAGCGAGCCACUCAAGUGUACUUCUCCGGGGGGGUCAUGAGUUGAGUCACACCCUUUAACUUCUAAGUCAUCACCCAUGCCCGCAGGAACAUGGGGAGCGUGAGCAGUCUCAUCACCAGCGACGACCUAAACAGUAAACAUUGCAUGGCACCCGAGCUGAAGUUAAAAAACAGAACAAAUCACCACAGACGAAAUGGAGGUUGCAGCCUUGACGCCUUACUGAAGUGUAGCUUUACUCAGGGCUCCUCCUCACCCAUCCACCACUCAAAAGGCCUGUCCUACACGAGGUCGGGACGAAGCGAGGACUUUUUUUACAUCAAGGUAAGCCAUAAACCAAGGCUAGUGCACCACGAAGAAGGAUCAACGGAAGACAGUGCACGUAACAAAGGAGAAAAAUCUGAUGAGCGACCAAAACUGAUGCUUAUGUCAGGCACUGACGGGACCACUGCUGAAAAGUCACUGGUCCGGUCCACUGCCUACAAGCCUUUAAUACCUAGGGCUAUAUCCUCCACAGAGGGACAGCGCAACAGCCUGGACCACAUCCUCAUCCAACUGGAUAAACCAAAGAGUCCAGACAGCCGACACAAGCCCGACACCCCCUCUGGUACACAUCCAAACUGCACUUUGUCAGACUCUGGACAUAACUCCAUGUCAAGCCUCCCCACCCACAGUACGAGCGGCAGCCUAAGUGCUUCCAUGGGUCCUGUCAGUCACAGCGAUGGCUGCACCACUCCAGCCAACUGCCUCCACAAGGCAGUUCAACCCAAUUUGUCCCCAAGGGUGAACAGCAGUAGCCGAGACAGCGACUAUAGGGACGGUGGCUCCCCGCUGUCUUCAGAUCAGUCUCAUCAUCUCUCUGAAACUGUGGGAGGCAUUCGGUCCCCUCUGACAACAGACGAGUCACUGAUUGAGACAUUGGAACAAAGGUUGCUGGAGCGAGAGACUGAACUGCAGGACUUACAGGUGAGCUAUGCGGCGGAGGAAGUAGCCACCUGCCAGCUAUUUGAGGACCGACAACAAAAGCAUUGCACUGACAAGAUGGAAGAGUUAAAUCAGCAAAGCUCCACAACAUUACAGCAAGCCUCUCAGAUGGCUGCAAAAUGCCAGCAAGCACUGCAGUUGCAGGUCAGCCAGCUCCAGGUAGAAAAUGAGAGGCUAAAGGAUAAUCUCACAAAGCUGAGCAGAGAGCGGGAUCUUGUCAAGCAAAGACUGAGGUCCUACGAGGAGCAGAGCACACAACUUGCUCCAACACUCGAGGAAACUCAGUGGGAGGUGUGCCAGAAAGCAGGUGAGAUCUCCUUGCUGAAGAAACAACUGAGAGACUGCCAGGACGACGUCAGCCACAAGCUCAAUGAAAUAGUCAGCCUGAGGCUACAGCUGAAGGAAAUCACAGCAAAGACAGAGAUGCUCGAGAAAGAGAACAAAGACCGCAGUGACAAGCUGCAUACUUGCAGCGUUGAAGUCGAGGUUUGCCAAAAUGAACUUCAACGCAAGAAGAAUGAAGCUGACCUGCUAAGAGAGAAAGUGGGCAAACUGGAGAAGAAUAUUGAGGGAAUUAAACGAGACCUCACUGUGGCCAAAGACCAGGAACUUUGUCAACAAACUUCACAGUUUGAGCUUAACUGGCAUCCGCAGGCCACGGAAAGAGUCACACCUAUGCAGAACCAAACAGACAUGCCUGAGGGACAAGUCUCGAUAGAACUCCUCCAAAAAGAAGUAGAGAAGCUGAGGCAGCAACUCUGUGAGCAGAAGGGGGCUCAAGAAAAGCUUGAGACCAGCUUUAACCAAGAGAGGCACACAUGGAACAAGGAGAAGGACAAGGUCAUCAAGUACCAGACGCAGCUCCAGAUCAACUACCUGCAAAUGCAUAAGAAGAACCAGGACCUGGAAAGGGUCCUGAAGGAACUGACUGCUGAGCUGGAUGCCAAAGCAGAGCUGGGCUUGGGUCUCCACUACAGCUCAGGGUUGCAGACCUACGAUGAUGUCAUUGCCACAGAGAUAUGAUGGCCUUCCUACACAUGCACUUGACUCCUUUUUUCACUGCUAUUUGACACACAGGUCGUCUCACAGCUUCCACUGGAGGUCAUUGCCAAUACUAAUUACUGUUAUUAUAGCACUGAAACAUUCAAUUAGCUGAUAUACUGACAUUUUAUGGGGGAAAAAAUGAAUAAAAAUACAUUUUGUCCUGUAAAAUAUUAAUUUAUUGACGGUUAUGCUCUCUUUUUUAUUCAUUGUCUUUGUACUACAUAGGCUUGCAGGAUCCCUCAUCAUUAAAAUAAUGAACAAUCCUGAAUAUUUC